AUGGAUUGCUUUUUGAAGACCCAGCUGAAGAGGGAUAUGCUGUCGCAGGACACACCACUACCCAUCUACUUGGCCUACAGGAAACCGCGCAGCGUUAGUCCUCCGAGCCGAAGAAAGCUGUUUAAAAUGAGUAGGGCUAACCGAGCUUCCGAGUCCACAAGUGCGCUAAUUCAGGCCAUUCGCGAAAGCCGGUCCAGAAACGCGGGGCAACCCAGGUUAAGAUCCUACGACGAUGAGCUGCGGGACAUAGCGGACGCCAGCCAUCAGAAUCGCGAGCAAAGGGAUAUGGAUCGGUUUUUGAACAUCAAACUUGGACGGGAUCGGUUGCCGGAGGACACGCCGCUGCCCAUAUACUUGGCCCAUCGCGAGCGCAGAAGCCCGAGUCCCGAGAGCAAGUGGGAUAAGGAAAAACCUUAAAAUUAUGAGUUUCUUUAUUUUGAUUUAAAA